AUGUCUUUUGUGAGACAAUUGCACACGUCUGUCCAGCGAGGUGCUGAAUCGAUAAGGACUACCAAAAACGGCUCCGGGAAAUUGAAGCAGCUAAAAUCCACCCCAAACUUGUACAAUUCUAAAGCAUCGUCAUACAAUUACAGAGGUGUUUUAAGAGCGAAAAUAGAGCCGGGAACCUACCAUGUACCAUCACAAUCGUCGUCCACAGGAUCUAUAAACAGUGAAACGUUUCCUAGAGCUUUUAUGCCCCGUGAGGAUCCACGUAGAAAAUAUGUGCAGACUUUGAGACCCCGCGAUGGCCUACAAGCCAAUUGGGCCCCAGCCCUCCAUGUACAAAAAGAAAAGUCAUACCAUCUCAAACCGGAGCAAAUUGCUGAAAUCCAAAAACUCAGGCUCGAGAACCCCGACAAAUAUACCAGAAAGGCACUUGCUCAGAAAUUCAACGUCUCACCGCUUUUCGUGUCCCUGGUAUCAUCUGCCACUCCAGGUCGGAUGUCCGAAAUGACACAAAGACUACAAACGAUAAAGGACGAAUGGCACCCCAAGAGAGCUCUCGCAAGAGACGACCGGAAGAAACGUAAGCUGCUGUGGUACAGACCUUAA